GGAUGUAGAGCAUUUGACAACUUCCUGUCCACACGUGUUUUGGGAUGUAAUUGCGCUGUGCAUCUUAAGUAUUUUGUAAAGCGUCCCAUAACCUGUUUUAGAAAUGGCAGACAUUGUACAACAACGAUUAGAGGACAGAAUACCAGGGCUUGAACAACUGGAGAGAGUCGGUUUGUUUACCAAUAAAGAAGUCAAGUCCAUGUUGAAAAGAUCUACUGCACUUGAAUAUAAGCUACACCGAGCAAUUCAGUGUAAAGAUGACUUCAUUACAUACAUACAGUUCGAAAUAAACACUCUUGAACUUAUCAAGAAGAGGAGAGCGAGAAUUGGUUACCAUUUUAAACGUGAAGAAAUUGAGUAUCCCAUCAUUCAGGGCAUAAACAGUGUUUUCAGAAGGGCGACAAGCAAAUGGCAGGAAGAUGUGCAACUCUGGCUUUCUCAUGUUGCCUUUAAUAAGAAAUGGGGCUCAAAGACUCAGCUCAGCAAGAUUUUGUUAUCUAUGUUAGCUAUCCAUCCUGACAAACCAGCUCUGUGGAUAAUGGCUGCUAAAUGUGAAAUGGAGGACAGGAACUCCUCAGAGAGUGCCCGGCAUCUUUUCCUCCGUGCCCUUCGCUUUCAUCCAGAAAAUAAGAAAGUCUACCUGGAGUAUUUCCGGAUGGAGCUCAUGCAUGCUGAGAAGAUGAGGAAACAGCAACAGGAACUGGAGCAAGCUAAAAUAGAUGUGGGGGAAUAUCAGUUUUCUCCAGAAAUCUUGAGUGGAAAACUUGCUGAAGUGAUAUACAGAGAUGCUGCACAGAAAAUUAAAGGGGCCGAAUUCGUCUUGUCCCUGCUACAGAUCGCUGCCAUCUUUGACUUCACAAAGGACCUACAAGACAAGAUCCUGCAAGAUCUGCAGAGUCAAUAUAGCGAUGAUUGCCUGAUGUGGGAUUUCAUGGCCAAGCGUGAGCUGGAUUCUGCUGGUGCUCCAGAGCUGCAGUCUGCGAAAGGAAGAGCUUCUGAUACAGACCGCAGGGAAGAGCGCUGCUGCUUAGUUUAUGAGGAGGCUCUAAAGAGCUUAAAUUCUGAGGCCAUGUGGACAUGCUAUGUCACAUUUUGUUUUGAGAGAUAUAAGAGAAAGACAAAUGUCACUGAACUCAAGGAAAAGAGAAAGGAACGAUUACUCCGAGUCCUACAAAGUGCUCACGAUGCACAGCUUUUGCAGGAGACUUUCUACAAGAACUGGCUCCAGGUCCUGCUGUCAUCGGGGGAUACAAUAACUGCUACCCAGAUCGCCACCACAGCAGCCCAGCGAUUCAGCCAAUCAGUGGAAAUGUGGAGCUUCAGCCUCCAGACAUUGGUCCAUCUGAAAAGUCCAGAGGCGGGACCUUUAUUUCAGGAAGCUCUAAAACACAUCAGUCUCAAGGAAAGUCUGGCAAUAUGGCAGAUGCAGGCUGAUUGGAGUAUGGCCUCGCAAACGCCAAAAGAAACGGAAGCAUUCUUUCAGAAAGGGAUCUUGUCCCCAGUUCCUGCAGUGUCAGCUGCCAUAAAGGAAAAAUACCUUGAAUGGUCAUACAAAACUGGUGGUUACAAAAGGGCCAGAAAAACCUUCGUAAGCUUACAUGAACACAGACCCUUUACUAAGGAAUUCUUCCUGCAGAUGAUUCAGAUUGAGAAAGAGCAGGAGACUCCAAAGAUGAGUAACCUUAGAGAUUGCUACGAGCGAGUGCUUCGUGAGUUUGGCUCUUCAGAUGAAAGUCUCUGGAUUGACUACAUUAAGGAAGAGUUGGGAAGGCAUGGUAACCCAGAGAACUGCGGAAAAAUCCACUGGAGGGCUGUUAAGACCCUUGAUGGAGAAAGUGUUGAGCGUUUUACCACUCUGUACACAUUGCUGCAGACUGGCAACAUUUAAAUUCUGUAUGAUUCUUUAAUACAUAGCUGUGUUCAUGUCUGGAGCACAAAUGCUGGAUUAGUAAAGGCAAACCUAAAACUUCUUUGGUGCAUAAAUUUGUACUUUCCUGUACCUUCAGAAAUAAACAUUUUAUCUUGUU